UGAUUUGUCAUUCAAAAACAUCCCUUUUGUGUUAAAAAAGGAAAAGAAGUGAAAGCGAAGAGCGGUUUCGUUUUCGAUUCAAAUAUACACAGAGCUUCAAAGUUCUCUCUCAAUCAGAGCUUCAAGGAUGGAUGUGAAAGAAGCCGGAGCGUCUCUCGAUGCGCUGAUUUCCUCUUUCAAUUCCCGAAUAGCGGAGCUGCAGCAGCUAGUCAUUGCUCGAAACAUGUAUCCGGCUGGCAGCGUCGCCGAUUUAUCGGCGAUAGAUUCCGCGUUGAAGGCCAUGGAGCUCCAGGUUCUAAAUAUCAAGAAUCGCUUACGCGAUGAGACUCGAGCUAUCCCUAAAGCCAAAAAGUUAAUAGAGGCAGCACUGCAGCAACAGAAGAAAUUGGAGAGCAUUUCUGCUUGUGUUUCAUCAUGUGUCCCUGAAAGAAUUACUAACUUGAAUCAGGAUAAUAACAAAUGGGCACAACAAGAAGAGUUUGGGCAAGAUCUUAGAUUUGAGUCUUUAAAGCUUGAGGAGCCUGCACCUAAACAGGAGAAGAAAGGUCGAGCUUCCCCUCCAAUGUGGUACAUUACUGCCGAAGAACUAAAUUCAGUGCCACCGUACAUGAAGCAAAGACUCACCUUGGAUAAGAUGAAUGCCGCAAUUGGUGACAUGGCAAAUUAUGCUGAAGCAAAUGCGCACCUUAUCUCAGCACCAAGGAAAAAGCUGUCAGACCACAACUUGGACAAGGCUCUGAAACUAAGAGAGAUUUCAAUGGCAGAUUCAGUAAAAGGAAAACACUUUUUCUUAGAGUCAGAUAUAAAAGGGCCUUCUCUAAAACUUGAUAACACUGGAAGAGCACUAUUGACGGUGCUUAGGCAUCUCGGGCGGAUAAGCGAAACUCGAAUUGGCCAUGACCGUGUCAUCAUCCUGUUGAGACCUUAGCCAAACAUGUAUCUUCAAACAAAAAUUUAUGAGGUCUGACCAUGUUCUUGGACAGUGCAAUCAUUGCUGGAUCAAUGUUCAUUAGUUUGGAUGAGGAGUGGCAUUAUAUGCUUCAGUUAUUAGCUGCCACUAAAGAUUUUUAUUUGUUUUUGGUUCUUUCAUUUUACCACUCUAAAGUAAAAGCAUUUCUAUAUGCAUGUCUA